UUCUAUUCUCAUAUAUGAAACAUUUUGAUCGGUAGUGUUCAUAAGAUUAAACUGAGAAACAAGAUGAAAUAACCUGCAACAAUUGUACUGUUUAACAAUUUAAUAUUAUUUUUCAAAGAAGGAAUAAAACACAUGACUUGGAUAUUGUACUCUCUCUCAGUUGUCAGUAAGAAUUAAUUUCACUUCUUAAAUUGGAAACUGUCCUUUGCACUUGCUGUUCUCUUAUCCAGAAAACUCUGGCCCCAGAGUAAAUUGUUUUUUCUUUAACAGAUGAUGGCUGUGGGCACAUAGUGUCCUAUCUGGACAGUGGCACCAUGGUAUCUAAGAAUUACCCGAGGACUUACCCCAAUCACACUACCUGUGAGAGGACGAUCACAGUACCGAAGGGCAAGAGGUUGACUCUGAAGUUAGGAGACUUGGAUAUUGAGUCCCAGAACUGUGCCUCUGACUACCUUCUUUUCACCAGCAAUUCUGAUCAGUACGGACCAUAUUGUGGAAGUAUGAGUGUUCCCAAAGAACUCUUGCUGAACACCAGUGAAGUAACUGUUCGCUUUGUGAGUGGAUCCCACACUUCUGGGCGGGGCUUUUUGCUGGCCUAUGCCAGCAGCGACCAUCCAGAUUUAAUAACGUGUUUGGAACGAGCUAACCAUUAUUUGGAGACAGAAUACAGCAAAUUCUGCCCAGCUGGUUGUAAAGACAUAGCAGGAGACAUUUUUGGGAACAUGGUGGAUGGAUAUAGAGAUAACUCUUUACUGUGCAAAGCGGCCAUCCACGCAGGAGUCAUUGCAGAUGAACUGGGCGGCCAGAUCAGUGUGCUUCAGCACAAAGGGAUAAGUCGAUAUGAAGGAAUCCUGGCCAAUGGUGUGCUCUCAAGGGAUGGUUCCCUGUCAGAUAAGCGAUUUCUGUUUACCUCCAACGGUUGCAGCACAUCCUUGAGUUUGGAAACUGACGGGCAAAUCAGAGAUUCUUCUUCCUGGCAGUGGGUGGAUGAGUUUGGAGAACGAGUUCAUUGGUCUCCUGGCCAAACCCGGCUUCAGGACCAAGGCCUGUCAUGGGCAUCGGGGGACAGCAGCAAGAACCACAAGCAACGAGAGUGGCUGGAGAUAGAUUUGGGAGAGGAAAAGAAAAUAACAGGAAUUAGGACCACAGAAUCCACACAGCCAAAUUUCAACUUCUAUGUUAAGAGUUUUGUGAUGAACUUCAAAAAUAACAACUCCAAGUGGAGGACCUACAAAGGAAUUGUGAAUAACGAAAAAAAGGUGUUUCGGGGCAACUUCAAUUUUCGGGAUCCUGUGAUGAAUAAUUUCAUCCCUCCCAUCGUGGCCAGAUACGUGCGGGUCGUCCCCCAAACGUGGCCCCAGAGGAUCGCCUUGAAAGUGGAGCUCAUUGGUUGCCAGAUUACACAAGGUAACGAUUCAUUGGUGUGGCGCCAAAGCAAUUCACGUUCUGUUGUUUCCACUGAAAGAGAAGAUGAGACGAUCACAAAACUCAUCCCUUCUCAGGAAAUGCCCACAGGUCGUGUCUGUUGUAAUGUGCUGCUUCCACUCUUAGGAGUGAACGUCGCAGUGGUGGUUACCCCGCUGGUGCUCCUCCUUGUCCUGCUCGUUACCGGAAUGGCAAUCUCUGCAGUCCUCAGAAAGAAGAAGAAGAAAGGAACUCCUUAUGCAUCUGCUAAAGCUCGGAAAACAGACUGUUGGAAGCAGAUUAAAUAUCCCUUUGCCAGACACCAGUCAGCCGAGUUCACCAUCAGCUAUGAUAACGAAAAGGAGGCGACGCGGAAGUUAGAGCUCAUCCCACGGGACAUGGCGGGUAAGGGCCAGGCCUCCGGUAGCCCCUGGGGGCGGUGCCCGCGGGAGAGGGGACGCCAGGAGGGAAAUGCGACUGAAGUCCUGCUGCGGAGGUGGGGUGCCCGGAAUCGGUAACGUGGGACGCUUGCUUUGGGCAUCACACAGUGACAAGUGCACACAGGCAUUUCUCAGGAGCCCCACUGGGCCGAGGCUCUUGCACCUGCAGGGCUGUGAUACCCCCAAGGCAAGGGCCCUGACGUACCACUAACAUCUGAAUGAAGCGCUCAAUCAGUCUGUUUCUCUACUGAGGUUUUGACUGAGGCACCCCAUCCUAGCUAGUGCACUCCUCCGGCCCGUCUCCAAGAUGUGGCCAGUUCCCUAGUGUGCACCGUCUGUUUCAUU